UUUACCCAAAGAAAAAAUAAGUUAAUCACGAUAAACUGAUAAAGUAUCUACAAUGGCUCUUUACAAAGUUAGUUUCCUUGCUCACCUACUUUUUCUUGGAAUGUUUAUACUAGUAAGCAGGGUGGAACAUGUUAAUGCUUGUACGAAAGAAUGUGGUAAUCUUGGCUAUGGGAUAUGCCCAGGUUCAGAAGGAAGUCCAGAAAAUCCAAUUUGUACCAAUUGUUGUUCGGGCUAUAAGGGUUGCAACUAUUAUAAUGCUAAUGGAACUUUUAUUUGUGAAGGAACGUCUGAUCCCAAAAAUCCUAACACUU